AUCAACACCCACUGUCCGUCGUCACACGACCGAGACGCUCUCUGUUGCAAGAUGGCCGCCGAGUACGACGCCUUCAUGGCGUCCGGCAAAAAAUGGUUCUGCCACUUCGACGACGACAACUACGUCAACACGGACCAGCUGGCGCGCCUGCUGGGCGAAUACGACGCCCGCCACGACUGGUACCUGGGUAGAAACUCGGUCCACGUGCUGCUGCAGAUCAUGGACGACGACCGGCGAGGGGAGCGGAUCUCAUUCUGGUUCGGCACCGGCGGCGCAGGCUUCUGCUGGAGUCGCGCCCUGGCGCUGAAAAUGUCGCCGUUCGCCGGCGGAGGCCGCUUCAUGCGCGUCGCCGAGAAGAAUCGUCUCCCCGAUGACGUCACUGUUGGGUACAUCGUAGAACACCUGCUGAAGGUGCCGCUGACCGUGGUGGACCUAUUUCACUCCCACCUUGAGGAGAUGAAGUUCAUUCGUAGCGAGGAACUGGGCGAACAGAUAUCGCUCAGCUAUGCCAACGACGGGGACACGGAGAAUGUCAUCAACCUGGAGAUAUUUAACAAGCAGAAGGACCCAACACGGUUCUAUUCACUUCACUGCCUGCUUCAUCCAUCUACGUCAUUCUGUCCACGAUGACGUCACAUCAAGCUUAUUAUUUAGCAGUAAGGGCUUUCACUGCAGCAUAACAAUUUGUGCGGAGCUUGUCGAAGGGCAAAUAUGUGACAAACAUGUUGCCACGUGGCGGUGCUGUCUGUGGUACGCUAUCCUCCCUUGCGCGACGCGGGGUGAGGUGUGACGGGACAACGUGAUAUGCCGUGACGACACGACGGAGAAUGCCAUGCUUUCGAACUGGAUGUUGUCUGGUUUUACUUGUGUGCCAUGCGUUAAUAUAUGAUGAUCCCCUUAAAAUGUGCGGAGUUGAGAUUACUAUAGGCGUAACAGCGCUGUUCGCGCGGUGGCAGUAUGCAGUUUUGUCGCCGGCAAACGGCUGGUGCGCGCCUUGCCGCCGCAUCAGCCGGCAAUGCUGUCAAGCCAAGAAGGCGUCGGUGCUCUAACUGUUCCACCUACAUUUGGCUGCUAGAAACUCAGGUGACUUGAAACUUUACUUAGAACACGUGUGUGCUCGUA